AGCUUUUGGUGAAUCGAGAGACACGAUUGCUUUCGCCAUAUACGGCAUUUCUUACAAUUCGUGUAUAUGACUCGUGACCAUGCUCUUUCUCGAUCUCCCAUCGUUUAUGGCGUUCGUUGUUGGUGUGGAAAAAUUUUCAGCGUUUUUCUUUGCGGCCUCUUACACGGUGUGCACUGUUACAUAAUCGUAAUUUCUGUGUGUGACAACAGCAGCAGUAGCGUCAGUCCGUUAGUUGCUUAGUAGUGGCAGUUAUUUUAUUGAGGGUAGCAAUGGUAGCGGCGCAGCAGCGGUAGUAAAGUGGAAACAGCAUUGAUAUUCAAAAUUAACGAAUUGCAAUAGCCAAAUCGCAGCAUACACAGUGAAAACUUAUAUUUAGAAAAUAUUCUAAGACUAACAUACCAGUGAAAAUAACAAAAAUAGAAAACAAUAAAAAUGUUUCGACCCAGUUGAUUAAGAGAUAAAAGAAAAUUUCAUAAAAAUUUUAAAUAAAUUAUAAAUAUUUCCGUAAAAUAAGAAAAGUUAAAGCUAAAACCAAUAAAAACAGAAAAACAAUAAAACUGCUUAUUGUUAUACGAAAAAACAAGUUUACUAAUCAAAAAGUUAAAUAUUAAAUAAUCCUAUAUAGAAUUAUUUCAAUGACAUAAUUGAUAAACUUUAAAUAUUACCAACAAAAAUAGGCGACACAAAGAACUAGAAGAAAAUAAAUUAAAAUAAAAGUUAAAAACAUUUGCAUACUACAAAAAAUAAGUGUAUAAAAUUAAAUAAUAAGAAACCCUCUCAACUGCUAAGCCAGAUCAGUCAUCGAAUCGACAAGACAGUUACAACAAUAAAUAAAAGACAACAGAAGUCGAGCAACUAUAGCAGUAAAAGUUAGGAACCGUCGAAGAAGCAGCCGAAGAAAAAGCAGUAGAAAAUAAACCAAAAGCAACAACUUCACUAACAGCUUAACCUAAAAAAGCACAAGACAGCAAAAAUGGCCGACAAGAAGAUAGCAGAGCAAUACUAUUCACCACCGCCAAAGAUGGGCAAAUGGGAGGGUUUCAAAAAAUUCAUAUGGAACAGUGAAACUAGCCAAUGCCUUGGACGAACAGGAGGCAGUUGGGCAAAAAUUUUAUUUUUCUACAUUAUUUUUUAUGCGGCGUUAACUGGAUUCUUCGCUGCCAUGUUGGCUGUGUUUUAUCAAACACUUCAGGUGGAUAAACCCAAGUGGACAUUGGGCGAUGGAAUGAUUGGUUCGAACCCAGGUCUUGGCUUUCGACCAAUGCCCCCAGAGGCAAAUGUUGAGAGCACUUUAAUCUGGUAUGAGAAAUCGAGACCCGAAAACUUCAAAUACUGGGUCGAUGAAACUGCAUCAUUCCUUCAAUCUGUACCUAAAACCUAUGAAAAUCUACCAAAACAGAAUCAAGUGAAUUGUUCAUUCGAAAAUCCACCACCAGAGGGUAAAGUUUGCGCUUUUGAUGCCAACGCUUUUGCUCCAUGCACAAAGGAGAACAACUUCGGCUAUCAUCAGGCCAGACCAUGCAUAUUCCUGAAGUUGAAUAAGAUUUACAACUGGGAACCAACUAUCUACAACGACUCAAAACAUUUACCAGUUGAUAUGCCUGUCGAACUGCAGAACCAUAUUAAAGAGAAGGAAAGCUUGCGACCAAAUCAGACCAGUGUCGUUUGGAUCUCCUGCGAAGGCGAAAACCCUGCCGAUGUAGAAAAUAUUAAGGCACGCGAUUACUAUCCACGCAUGGGUUUCCCCGGCUAUUAUUUCCCAUUCAAAAAUAUCGAAGGUUAUGUACAGCCAAUUGUUGCCGUACAAUUUACUGUUGAAACCGGCGUUUUAAUUAACAUUGAAUGCAAAGCCUGGGCAAGCAACAUCAAACACGAUCGCCAAGAAAGGAAAGGAUCCGUCCACUUCGAAUUGAUGGUUGAUUAAGAGCCUGCGCGCAGCCAAUAAGUGAACAAAGCACAGAAAAUAAAUUAAUAAAAAACCCUAACAACCACACAAAACAAAACAAAAAGAAUAAACAACAACAACAAAGAAACAAAGAGAAUACUAAGCAGAGAAAAUAAUAAACGCAGCAGUAAAUAAAAAUGGACUACAGUUAUUGAAAGAAAACAAUAACAGAAGUAAAACCAAAAAACAAAAAAAACAGCAACAAAAUAGUAGCAAAAUUAAGUCAAGAAACAUGCAGGGAAGGGCAAAACAGGCAAAGGUUAGGUUAAAGCAGCAUAAAGGAAGAAUAGAGAAGGAGAUAGAGAGAGAGAGAGAAAGAGAGAGUCAGUAUAAUGAAGGCUAAUGUGAGAUGUAGCUAUGUGCUUGAAGGAUUGAAUGUGAGAGCAAGCUAGGAGCAAGCUGAAGAUGAAUGCAUGAAAAAUACAGCAACAACCAAAGAAUAUGAACAACAAGACGAAAAUAUAAAAAAGAAUAUAUAAAUAAAAUUAUAUUAAAAGCGCUAUUUUCAUAGUGCAUAUGCGAGCAGUGACAACAACAACAACAACAACAACAACAAAAUUAAAGGCUAUAAUACAAAGAAAAAACUUAAAAAUGUGUGCAAAAUAGUAAAAGCAAAUAUUUGAAAUAAAAAAUUGCUAAAUAUUUGUUUUGCGAGAACGAAAACAUUUAAACACACAGUACACAUAACAAAUUGAAACAAACAAAAAUAAAUAAAGGUUACAAAAACACUGCGGCAACACUGCUAAAUAGAGCGAGAGCAAACCAAAAAAAAAAAACAAAUAAUUAAAUGAAAAUGCAUAAACAAUAAGAAUUAAAGUAUUUAAUUUAAUAGACAAAGCGUAACAAGGCUUCAUUCAAUACAUAUGUACAUACGUACUCGUAUAUAUAUUAAUUUUUGGAGACACAAAAAAAAAAUGGUAAAAAAGACAAAAAUAUAAAAAAUAAUAAAAAGCAACAGCAGCAACCGAAAAAUAUGAUUAUUUGUAAUUAAUUUUAUUUUGCGCAAUAAAUUAUGAAAUAAAUACGAUUUAUGGUAUUUAGUACCCAAAACCACAAAAAGAUAUGUAUGUAUGUAGUUAAAAGAAAUAAUUGCUUUAAAUAAAGCGUGCAACAGCGCUAACAAUUUUGAUAAUAAAUACAAACGCUUCUUUCGUACUUAUUUCUUUACUUUUAUGCUUACUUAAGUAAAUUAAAAGCAAAAACAAAAACAAGGUUUUGAAAAUCAGUAGAAUUUAAUUAUUGAAAAUACUUAAUAGGAUUUGUUGAUAUUUUUGACUAGUGAAUGCAAGUUUAAAAAAGAUUAUUAUUAUUAUGAUUAUGAUUAAAAUUAAUUAAAAAGGUAAUUAACGAAAACGAGCGCAGCGAAAAAAUACAAAAAUCCACAAAAACAAACAAAUAUAUAACAGAAAAAUCAACAACAUGCUUACACAGGACAGCAAUUUUGCAAAAAAAUUAAAAAUAUUUCAAUUACAAAAAAACAUUUGUAGGUAUGUAAAGCGCCAAGCAGAAGCAAAAGUAAAGUAGCAAAGUGCAAAUAGUAUUAAUUAAUUAAUAAAACUAUUACAAAAAAUAUUAAUGCUUUAAUUGCAAAUUAAAUUACAUACAUAUUUUGUUUACAAGCAAAAUCUCAUGCAAUAAAAAUAUCAAGCAAACUUAUUUACAAGCAAAAAUGUUUUACAGUAAUUGUUUUAAAAAAAUUUAAUUGGCAGAAUGUGGCAUGACAUUUUAUAAAAUUUAAAAUUUAAAUUUAAAGCUAACUAAUAUUACUAAUUAUUAUUAACAAAGCAAUAUUUUGCAGCAAUUGUUUAAAAAAAAAUGUGUUUCUAAAUUUAAACAUGCCUGAAGAGUAUGCAAAAAUAUGUCAUGCAAAUUAAUUUAAAAGCAAAGAAAUGUUUUACAACAAUUUAUUGUCCGAAAAACAUGACAUUUUUUUCUUUUAAAUUAGUUUGAUUGACAGUUUUAUUGCAUAUAAUUUAAAAUAAAUAGCACCUAUUUUAAAAAAUUUGAUUGACCGGAAAAUUAAAUAUAAAAAAAUGUCAAGCAAACUAAUUUAGUGUUUUACAGCUAUUGUUUCAAAAAAAUGUGAUGACAAGAAAAUCGCAUGGUAUUAUUUUGGAAAGCAUAUAGAAUAAAAAAUUAUUUUUUUUUUUAAAUUUUGAUUGGCAGCAAAAAAUAUCACAUGACAUUCAUUACAUUUAUAUUUUUUUUUUAAACAAAAUCACAUUUUGACCUGCCCUAACAGUCUAACAAACAUAUAAUAUAUCUUUAUGUAGGCAUACCAGGAUAUAUGUAUUGCUAAAAUAAACUAACCACGUCCCCAAACUGCAUAUACAGCUAACCAACACAACCAUAAGAGGAAAAAUAAUCAUGCCAAUAACACAAACACUCACCCACAUAAAAAUAUGUAUGAACGUACGCUGCAAAAGCUGUUUAAAGACAGCGAAAGUUAAACUUUGAAUAAAUUAAAUUAUUAUUAGUAUUUAAAAAAAGUGCAAGUUAUGCAAAGAAAACUUUGUUUAAAUUUGUUAUUAAAAUUUAAGCGCCUCCCCCUUAAAAAAAUAUAUAUACAUAUAUUAAAAUAAAUUUAUUAAUAAAAUAUAAUAAAUAAAGCAAGCAGGCAGCAUAAAAGUUUAGUAAAAUUUAAAUUAAAUAAAAAGAUUAAAAAAAUAUAAAAAACAAUAUACAGCUUAUAAAAAAAUAAGCUAAAAGAUACAUGAGUUGUAAAAUUUUAAAUAAAAUUUGAGAAAAAAAUGCAUUAUUUUAGCAAAUUAAAAAUAAAUAAUAAUAAAAAUAAUAAACAAAGCAGCUAGCAAUGAAGCACACAAAUGCCAAUGCUAACAACAGACAAAAAGCUAAUAAAAAUUAAUACAAACAAAUAGUGAAAAUAUAAUUGACGUUAAAAAAAAAAUAAAACCAAAAUAAGUUAAUUAUAAAAUAUAAUAUAUAAGCAUAAAUAAUAAAAGUAUAACAUAAAUAAAAUUAAUAUAUAAUAUUUAAAAAAUGACAACUUAAAAUACAAAGUAAUAAUCCUCUUCACUUAUUACACUAGCGAGAUAUUAAAACAAACAAAAAAAAAAGAGAAGAAAUUAAGUAAGCGAAAAUAUUAGCAAAUAGUUAAAAAUGAAUUAUAAUUCAAUUUAAGACAGUUUGCUGUUAAGAAUGAAGCAAAUUAUUUAUAAUAGAAAAUUUUUCAAACAAAAAUAUAAAACAAUUCAAACGAAAUAAUAGCAAAUAAAGCAAGAGAAAAAGCAAAAUAAUUAAGCGUACGUAAAGUACACAAAGCCCAAACAACAACAAAUCACACAGAAAGAACACAUUGCAGUAAAAAAUUAAAAAUAUAUUCAAAUUUUUUGUUGUAGUACAAGUUUUUCUAUGCGCCCGAAAGUUAAAAAUUUUAUAAUAAAAAGAUAUAUAUUCUUGUUAUGAUUUUUCGAUAGCUAUUUUAUAAAGCUGUACUUAAACUGUGUUCGAAUUAAGUAUUCUGACUUUUUACACUGUACGCUUAGCAACACUGCAACGAAUCUCUAAAACACACAUACAAGUUAUGUGUAAUUGUUUGAAAAUUUAUUCUUGAAGCUAAAUAAUAAUGUUGAAAACCCAAAAAAAUUAUGUUAUUUUAUUUACAAUUUUAGAGUUUUUGUAUUUUUAAAACAACUUUUGCUUUGCUGACUCUUUUAUCAUUUUUUUUUUGCUUUAUUUAUUAUAAUUCAAUAAAAAUUUUAAAUUAAAUUUCAAUUUUAAAGUUUGAUAUAUAAAUAUACAAUUUUUUAUUAAAUAAAAAUAAAAACAAUAUUUUUUCCAUUAAAAUAUAAAAAGUAUAUUCAAAUAUUCCAUAAAAAAUUGUAUACUUUUAUUAAAUUUUAAAUUACUUUUUUUUCAUAAAAAAUUUAUAUAUUUACAAAUAUUAAAAUUUAAAUCUUUUUCAUAAAAAUAUUUUUUUGAUAAAAUUUAAAAUUUUAAUUUUUUUAAAAAUAUCAUAUUUUGUUUUAUUUUAUAAAAAACUUUAUUUUUAUGAUGAAAACCAAUUUAAAUUUAAUUUUUUUUCAUAAAUUUAAAAAAUAUUUUUUUACAUAAAAAUAUGUUUUAUUUGUUAUUUUAGGUAUAUAAAUUGUAGUUUUUUUAAUAAACCAAUUAUUUAUUUUUACUUUAAUUAUUUAUAUAUAAAAUUUUUUCUUUGAAUUUAAUUAUUUUAAAAUAAUUUUUUUUUUUAAUCUAUAUCUUUAAUUUUUCUUUAAUAAUCUCCGAAUCUAUUAAUUUUAAGUUUUGUUUUGUUAUUUUUACUCCAAAACCAUUUAUCAAAUGUUUUCUCUCAACACCUGUGAUUUGUAACCCUUUCACGUUAGCAAAGCGUAAAUUCGAAAACCAUUUGUUUUAUAAUAUCAUAAAAAUAAUUUUUUUCAUAAAAUUUCAAAUUUUUUGUUUAUAUAAAAAUAUAUUUUUAUGAAAACAAAUGUAAAUGUAUGUUUUUUUAUAAAAUUUUAAAUCUUCGUUUAAUUUUUUCAGAAACAUAUUUUUUUUUGUAUAAUUUUUUAAUAAUCUUCCAAUUUAUUAAAUAAUUAUUAACUAAUUUCAUUAUUUUAACUCCAAAACCAUUUCUCAAACAUUUGUUCUCAGUGCUUUAGCCAAGACUGUCACCUUCAAUCCCCGUGCUCACUUUAGCCAAGACAGCAAUAGCUUUGAUUUUAACACUUUUGCAUUAGCAAAGCGUAAAUUCGAAAACCAUUUGUUUUAACAUAUACAAAAUAAAGUUCCUUAAACUUUUUCUGCCAACAAAAGUAUGGACACUUAAUUGUAAUAUAUUAAUAAUAAUUUAUUUAACGCGCCUAUGCAUUUUCCACCCACCCAAACGCAGGAGAACGAGUUACCAACCAGCUUUACGGCGUCUAAAAUUAAAUUUUUCGAAACUAAAAUAUACACCUAAUUAGAAUAGUAAAUGCCCACCAGCUAGAAAAUGAAGUAAAACACAAUACAAUAAAAAGCACAAUAUACUCAUUGGUUAUAGGAAGUUACAGCAGCUGAGUGACAUAUUGCUUAGUUAACCCAAAACUCUAAAAACAACUUCAAUUUGAUGUACUGUACGCGCUCUCAAAUAAUUCCUUUCAUCUUUUAGCGAAGUUCACAACCGUAAUUUUUACUCAAUUCUUAAGCGUUGACAGCAACCUCACUCAUUCAUUUGAGUCAUUUAUAUUUGCAUUGAAAUUUCUUUCCGCUGCGCUCAUGCCGCUCCCCCAUUUACUCAUGCGUAAAAUUACGAUACUCAUACUCACACAAUCACUCAAAUAUUGAAAAUCAUGUUUAGUAAAAUAUUGCAAAUAAAAGUGCGUAAAUAAAUUUUUAAUAAUAAAUAAAAGAAAAUGAGUAAAAUGCAUUAUCAGAAAUUUAAAUGAGAAUAAAAUAGCAUAUAAAAGAGUAAAUACAAAUAAACAAUUGUAAGCUGUGUGUAAUUUCGUAUAUAGUCAGAAAAAAAAUCAAGCAAAAAAGAAAUAUAAACAAUAAAUAUAUAUGUAUGUAUAUGAUUUGUAUGACAGCAGUAAGCAAAAGCAAGUACUAAUUAAUUCAAAAUGCUAGAGAGAAAGAACAAAAAAAAAAACAAAAAAUUAAUUAAGUAACUAUACUAUACAUGUGUAUGUAUAUGUAUGCAACGGGCUUUUCACGCUGUGCUGUGCUGAUUGUUUUCGACACGUUUGUAACACACUGUAGGUAUGUGCAUGUAUAAUGAUGAUGUAAAGUGCCGCGCAGCGUUAUUAACUGCAAAUUUAAACUGCCUAAUCAAACAUAAAUGUAUAUGUAUGUAUAUAUAUGUAAUACGAGUGUACGUAUGUAUGUAUGUACCGCUCUCGCACUCAUGCUCUCCACACAUGUAACACACACUCCACUUAACUUAUUGUGUAAGUGUGAUAUUUUUGAACACUUUCGCUUUUUUGUGCAAAAGCCGCUACGUUUUAUUACGUUAAAGAACAACAAAUUGUUAUUUAACGUUGUGACGAUAAACUGACGCCAUGUAAUCGUUGACAACAACAACAGCGAAAACAAUGCAAUGCAAAUGUAAGCGUUAGCUGCUGAAGUAAUGUUACUUUCGUAAGCAUUAGCGUUGAGUUGUCUGGUAACGUUAACGUAACUGCCAUGCAGCGUGAAUAAUGGCAAUACACACACACGUAUUAAAAAUACAUAACAAUUAAUGUUUAUAAUUUAAUUUGAAUUAGCAUUAAAUUAUAUAUACUUACUAUAUAUUAAUGUACACAUUAUAAAUAAUAAUGCAGCAAAAGUAGCAUGUGGUGAGUGUUUAAUUUGUUGUAAACAAAUUCAAAAAAUAUCAUAAAGCUGAGUAAGCAUUAUUUGGUAGAGUGCAGGUGUUGAGAGCAGCAGUGUUGUAUUGCAACGAACGAAAAAAUUGCUAAUGAUGAUAAUUGAAAACAAUGUUAACCUUUUGCUAGUAAAUGUUUUUUCGUAUGCUACUAACUAAAUAAAUAUAAUUAUGAUAAUAAUAAUAAUAAAAGGACAACAAAAUUAAGUAGUCAUA